UUUUCAGUAUGGUUUGCCCCUUCUUUUUGACAAUUAUUGCUUAUGCAGCUAUCGCUUAUUUUGUUAAACGCAUUUUGACUUCAAUAUACAACAUUGUUUUUCCGUUUUUAUAUGCCGUCCCACAGAAUUUGCAAGUUUUGGCUGGAGCAAAAUGGGCUGUAAUAACAGGUGGAACUGACGGUAUUGGAAAGGCAUAUGCUAAUGAAUUGGCCAAAAAACAAUUUAAUAUAAUUAUAAUUUCGCGUUCACAAUCAAAAUUGGACAAUGUAGCUAAGGAAAUCAAAGAGGAAUUUAAAGAAAUUGAAGUGAGAACUAUUGCUUUUGACUUUACAAAUCCAAAAUUGGAAGAUUAUGAACAGCAGAUAUUUGCCAAGAUUGAUGAUGUUGACAUUGGAGUUUUGGUUAAUAAUGUUGGGAUGAGCUAUGAAUUUCCUGAACGCUUUGAACGUGUUCAUGGAGGUAUUAAACGUGUUGCUGACAUCACUUUAAUCAACACUUUACCGACAACUAUUCUUACUCAUCAUAUUCUUCAACAAAUGGCUAAACGCAAUAGAGGUGUAGUGGUUAAUGUGGCUUCUUCAGCUGCUAAUUUUGACUGGUUUUAUUUGGCUGUUUAUAGUGCUACUAAGAAAUAUGUCACUUGUUUGUCUUCAAUUUUGCGUAAAGAAUAUGCUGACACAAAUAUUUAUAUCCAAACAGUUUGUCCUAUGAUGGUUGCCACAAAAAUGGCAAAAAUUCGACGUUCUUCAUUCUUUACUCCUUCGCCUGAAAAAUUUGCUAGCGAAGCAGUUCGAAGUAUUGGCUUAACUGAUGAGACUACUGGUUGCUUGGCACAUCAAAUUCAGGCUGAAAUUAUGUUUGGCUACAUCCCUGACUAUUUUCUUAACAAAUUUAUUCGAGACAAUUCUUUGUCAACUCGUAAGCGUGCCUUGAAGAAAAUUGAGAAUUCUGCGAAGACUGAAUAA